UGACGAGGUGCUGGGGGUGGCCACGGCCGUGGACGUAACAUCUCCCCUGGUAUCCAGGAAAAAACAUGACUGGGAAUCACCACAAGAGGGAGGGACUUGGGCAGCAGGACAAUACUGGUGUUUGUGCAAAGGUCCCUGAGAGGUGGCUGGGACUCUCAGAUUCCUCUCGCUUGAGAGAGCGAUCCCCAUGCAUAGCUGUAUGCAUUGUUAAAAUAUAUGGAUAGUGGACGACUUAAUCCUGUCUGUGGAUGCACUGGCAAAGGCAGUGGGAGAGACUCUGGGUUUUGGCUUGAGGUACAACAAAGCAGAAAGGCUGGCCGGAAGACAUAGAUCCAACAUUUGUGGUUUUGGCCGCAACAGUGAAAAGGACGUCCACCCCGCCAUACUAGAAGGAGAAGAAGAGAAGAGGAAAGGGAAGAGGAGGAGGUUGAGAGGAAGAGUGAGCCUGGGCCUGGAGCCCAGACACAAGCAGUAUGGCAGACAAGAAAGUUAGCCUCCCCGCUAAGCUGAUUAAUGGGGGCGUUGCCAAGACCCGCCUACAGAACCAGCAGGGUGUCCAAGUCUACAAAGGAAUGCUGGACUGUCUGGCAAAGACGAUACGCUCAGAGGGCUACUUUGGAUGCUACAGAGGUGCUGCUGUUAACCUCACGCUUGUUACCCCAGAAAAAGCCAUCAAGCUGGCUGCCAAUGAUGUCUUCAGACAGAAGCUUGCCAAGGAUGGGCAUUUGCCCCUGUGGGGAGAGGUACUGGCAGGUUGUGGGGCUGGGACGUGUCAGGUGGUAGUCACUACACCCAUGGAGAUGCUUAAGAUUCAGCUGCAGGAUGCAGGAAGGCUCGCUGCACAAAGGUCUGUACAAACUCCAGCUCAGGCUGCUUCUCCUGGUCCAGCACCAUCAAUGGUGGGCUCAUCACCACAAGCUUGGCCAAAGCCUCCGCAACGGCCCUCAGCCAUUGGCAUCACUGUGCAACUGCUGAAGACUCGUGGCUUGGCGGGCCUCUACAAGGGGGCAGGGGCCACCUUAAUGAGGGAUGUCCCCUUCUCAAUGAUCUACUUCCCACUGUUUGCCAACCUUAAUCAGCUGGGUCGGGAAAAUAAAGGUGACCAGGCUGAUGUGCAGUCCCAGGCGCCAUUCUGGCAGUCCUUUGUGGCAGGCUGUGCUGCAGGCUCAGUGGCAGCUGUGGCUGUAACGCCGCUGGAUGUCAUAAAGACUCGUCUGCAGACCUUGCAGAAAGGUGUGGGGGAGGACACAUACAGAGGAAUUGUUGACUGCACACGGCGCAUCAUGAGGCGGGAGGGCCCAGCAGCAUUUCUAAAGGGUGCAACAUGUCGUGCUUUAGUCAUUGCUCCUCUUUUUGGCAUUGCGCAAGGUGUCUACUUUCUUGGGGUUGGGGAGGCUGUGCUGGGUUUCCUGGGAUAGCAGUGCUUGGCAUUGGUGGCAUCGGUUGUCUUGUCUCUACACACAUAACUUGCGGCUUCAAUCUGCAGUGAAUAAAGAGAGAGGCCACAAUCUGCUAACCAGAGGAGAAGGGCUGGGUCUAAGAUACAGACAGGCGAUAAAUUUAAGGAAAAACCUGAAUACAUAAGUGGCCGCUCCCAGGAUGAUAGUGCAUCCAUUCCUAGAGCACAAGGGGUCAUUGAAUGGUUUGAUGAGUAUGAAAACAAUGCGAAUUAUAUGCUGUGGCCUUCACAAUCACAAAGUCUCAACCCAG